AUGAAUCACCUACAUCCACAGUGGAGCUCUGAGUAUCUCCAGACCCCGGACAGAACCUACUGGAAAGAUGUAGAAGUCUACUUUGGAUCCUCAGUACACGUGUGUCAGAACUUACACCUGCUGCCCAAUCUGAGGUGGAUCCAAACGGCGGAGGCAGGAGUUGAUGCAGUGCUGAAGAUCAAACGGGACCUGCCACCCGGGAUCACGGUGACCCGUAACGCCAUGACGUUCCAAUCUCCGAUCUCCCAGUAUGUCAUUGGUCAAAUCAUCUCUGCCAACAUGAACUUCCGACACUUUCAGAGGCAGCAAAACCAACGCACGUGGGACAGGCAUGUGUACAUCUUAGACAUCACUUAUAAAUGA